GACCGAAAACUUAUCAAAGUUUGUUUUGCCAAAAAAAAACAACUCGCACCAAUUUCGUCAGACAAAAUAUUUUGAGAGAAUCAGGAAACCCAACACAAACUCUGGAUGUGUUCGGAUUCUGUUAUCGCCAACGGGUCGUUAUCAGCUUCUGCAAAUACUGCUUAACCCGCAUGUGGAGAAGAAGGAACAGAGACAAGGUGAUAGCGGGUAAUAAUUAGUGCGCCUCUGUGAUUGCCUUUUGGGUGCUGUUAAUCAAAUGGUCGUCGUCGAAAGAUAAAGCAUCCAGCUGGGAGAAGAAGAAGAGUGGUGUACCAUAUAGAAGUGGGUGCGGUGCAGAAUCUCUUACGACGAUGUCUGAAAGUAUAAAGCAUGAGCUUGAUAUGAAAAUGGAGCCGUCCAGUCCGCCGGAAAAGGAUCGUAGCCUGUACUCUCGGUGUUCCAGUGCGGGAAGCGUUCACACACCGACAUCGUCCGCCCAUAAUACUGAUGACCUUGACUUUUCUCUAACAGAGGAUGAGGAGGACUCGGGAGAUAACAAAAGUAACAGCACACUUAGCUACAAAGAGCGCCGUCGGGAGGCACAUACUCAGGCCGAGCAGAAACGACGGGAUGCAAUCAAGAAGGGGUACGAUUCGUUGCAGGAAUUGGUCCCAACCUGUCAGCAGACGGAUGCAUCCGGUUACAAACUGAGCAAAGCUUCUGUCCUACAGAAAUCCAUCGAUUACAUCGGAUAUCUUCACCAGCACAAGAAGAAGCAAGAGGACGAAAGGACCUCGCUGCAGAAGGAAGUGAUGGCGCUGCGAAUCAUUCAGAAAAAUUACGAACAUAUGCUACAAAACCAGCAGCAAUCGCCCGGGAGAACGGAGGCGCGACUUAGUGACGAUGUGAAGUUUCAGGUGUUUAAGGCCAUCAUGGAUGAGAUGUUCGCUACGUUCGAUCAGCUGCCGAUGAAUGACUUUUCGGAGUUAACCUCCGGGGUAAUACCUUGGCUGGAGGAGCACUGUAAGCCGCACCUGCUGCGAGAUGCCGUCAAUCGUACGCUGGGACACAUUACGGCUAGUUAUGUGCAAGCGCAGCAAGCUGGCAGUAAGGGUGGUGGCGUUAAGAUGGAGUGACGGGGUAAGUUUUAGGUUUUUUUUUAUUGCGUUAUAAAUUAAACGGGAUGUCAGAGAGAUAUAUGAUACUAUGAAACAUG